AUGGCUGAGCAAAACAAGCAAUUGGUGGGCGAAAAAAAUCAAAGCCUCCCAGAAGAAGUAGACAUUCUUCUUGUCUUAGAAUUGAAACCCCCCAUUGAUUUUGUAUCUGGGUCAUGUUCGGUUGUUGAUUCAUGUGCUGGAUUGCUUUGCCUCACAGAAAAUGAUGACGUAUUAUACGGUCGGGUUGUCUAUUUGUGGAACCCUUCAGUUAGGAGAAUUAUAACCAUUAGGAAUUCUAGCUGUGAAGGGAUAUCUAAGGAAUUUAGUUGGAUUUCCCCUGGUUGUGGUUACGAUUUUGAUGCAGGUGUCUUUAAGUUGGUUAGGAUUAUAUAUGAUAGCCCAAAUUGUGAAGCUCCCUAUGACCUGGAGAAGACUGAGAUUGAGGUCUACAAUCUGAGUACAGGUUCUUGGAGAAAGAUUGAGAAUUUAGUCGUUAAUUGGAUUAUUUACUGCCAAUUGCGAAUUUUAUAUGUGAAUGGGUUUGUUAAUUGGCUUGCAUUUCAUCCUGAACGACACGAUGAAGAUUUGAUUGUGGCUUUUGAUGUUAAAAGUGAAGAUUUUAGGACACUAGAGUUGCCGGAUUUAGAGAUGGAGGGGGAUUAUAGAGGUCCAUUGCUCAAGGAAUACAAGGACAUGCUUGCAUUUUUUGUUUGUGGAAAUUUUGCAGCUCUUGAAGGGACUGGUACUUGGAGUUUGUGGGUGAUGAGAGAGUAUGGUGUGACCAACUCUUGGGAGAGAUUGUUCAAUGUGGUAACGGAACAGAGGAUAGUUUGGUCUCUAGGGGUUACUAAAAACUGUGAUAUUCUGCUUCUCACCCCUGAUUCAAAAGUGGUGGCAUAUGAUUUUAAGGAGCAGGAAGUGAAGAAUCUUGGGCUUCCUAAGUAUUGCCCGCAUAGCUGUUUCUUGAUAACAUACAUGGAAAGCUUGCUCCUACUGGAUGAACAAGCUAACCUGGAUGGACAUAUGGAUUAG